AUGUCAUCAGACAUGAAGCAACAGGCCUCAUCGCAGCAGCUGAAAUUUACAACCUCUGACUCCUGUGACAGGAUCAAGGAUGAGUUCCAGUUUCUUCAAGCACAAUAUCACAGUUUGAAGCUUGAAUGUGACAAGUUAGCAAGUGAGAAGUCAGAGAUGCAGCGCCAUUAUAUUAUGUACUACGAGAUGUCCUACGGGCUGAAUAUCGAGAUGCACAAACAGGCUGAAAUAGUGAAGAGACUGAACGGGAUCUGCGCACAAGUCCUCCCCUACCUGUCUCAGGAGCACCAGCAGCAGGUCCUGGCAGCCAUAGAGAGGGCCAAGCAGGUCACCCCUCCAGAGAUGAACUCCAUCAUCAGGCAGCAGCUCCAGGCUCACCAGCUGUCCCAGCUUCAGGGCCUGGCCUUGCCCAUGACCCCGCUGCCUCUGGGCCUGAGCCAGCCAACGCUGCCAGCCGUCACCACUUCCUCUGGUCUCUUCUCGCUGUCUUCUCUGCUGGCCUCCCAGGCCCAGCUGGCCAAGGAGGAGAAGGCUUCUCGCGACGGCGUGGACAGCCACCGUGAGGAGGACGGAGACAAGUCUGAUUAGGUCUCGUCUCCAUGCGGCUCUUUUAUCAUAGAGACAUGAAUUCCCAGAUCUGUCCCUGCAGCCUCGCCCGUGGUUGACCCCUUUUUGACCUUACUCAACAUGGGGUUUCUUUCUUCAACGCAGCUUCAGCUUUAGACCCCUAACCUAUCCCCUUCUGGGAAAAGCUUUGGCACUCAUAUUACAGUAACUAAAUUAAAAUAAUAGCAAUUUUUUUAAUGUCUUCUGUUUUGGUUUAAGAUGGACUUUUUCCCUGUUCACUUUAGGGAUAGCUUUUUUUUUUUUUUUUGAUUUACCAUCUUUAUAUUUUAGUUUCUGCAUUCUUCUUUAGUCCAGGUUCUUUUCCUCCCACUCUGCUCCUCCUCUAGUUUGGCAGGACUGAUCCAUCAGACUGCAUAAAUCUCUCAGCUGGUGUUGAAACAAGCAAGCAAAAAGAUCCAUGACGAACGUCAACACAGGUUUCUUCCAAAAUCCAGUCACUUAAAAUAAGGUCGUUAUUAAUAUACUGGACCUUAUUUCAAUUAUUUUAGUUGUUUCCUGACAUUAUAAAAAUUGAAAACUUUUUUACAUUUUCUCAUGUUACAGCCCCAGACAUCAAUGCCUCAGAAUUAGUCCAUAAUCGUGAAGUGGAAAUAAAAUGACGCAUGGCUUUUUAUUUUCUUUUUUUUAUCUGAAAAAUAUGUUGUGCAUUUGUAUUCAGACCCCUUGUCUCUAAUGCCUCUACACAUAAUGUAAUGUAACUAUUUUUACCUCCAGAAGUCACCUGAUCAGUGAACAGAGUGCACCUGUAGGUCAUUUAAUCUCUUAAAACAGAGCAUUAGUGAACAUGCAGCGCCAUGAAGACCAGUGAACACAGCAGACGAGUCGGGGAGAAAGAUGUAGGGAAGUUUAACUUCUUACAGUCUGAAUUUAUCCAAUUUAUGUAAAAUAAGAUUAUUUUUUUUCCCUAGGCAUAUGCGAAAUUGGCUAAAAUGUGUUAUGAAUAUAUUACAUUACAUAGAGUAGAUUAUUCUUUGCCUAAAUGGUGUCAAAUUGUCUCCAAUGUGGUCCUUACUAUAUUUGUCUAAUAACUAUCAGCUGGGAUUAAUUAGAAACAUAGACCACCUUGGCGACAUUAACACCAGAACUGAAUUAAGGCAAUUACCCUUAAUAGUUUACAUGGGAUUAAAGCAAGGUUAAACUACAAAAACAGUCUUUUUUUCACUUAUGGGAAAAUGUCUCGUUAGAAGAGGGGAAAAAACCCAAAAAACUAGUAUUUACUUAAGACAAAACUGUUUAGCAAGAUGUAGAAGUUUGUUUUAUUUCAAGCGUACAAAGAUAUUUCUACUAGAAACUAGACAAAAAUACUUGGUGAGAUUUUGUGUUUCUUCGGUGAUAUGAUUAAUGUUGAGCUGUUUUGCGAAGAAAAACGGGCAUGGUAAUUAUGUCCGCACGUGCAAAGCUGGUAGAGAUGAAUCCCAAAAGACUUGCAGACGUAAUGGCAGUAAAAUCUGUUUCUAUAAAGUAUUAAUUCAAGGUGAUUGAACACAAAUGCACAACUCACAAUUUAGGAUAUGUUAAAAAAAAAAAAAAAAAAAAACACUAUACAUCCUUUUCCUUGCACAUAAAGAUUGACUGAUUUGUUUUGGCUAUGAAAACAUUUUAAGGGGUAUUGAUACCUUUGUCAGGCUCUAUACAUUAGGUUACCCAUCCAGUACGUUAACCAAGAGGCAUCAUCAAUCAGAGCUGUGGUAACUUAAACUGCAAGCGAAACAACUGAAACCACCUCAUUUCUCUGCUCCUUUCUCAGCUUUUUUUUCAUAUUUAAUGUGCACUUAUAUUGGAGCAGACACUAAGGGGAGGGAGUGUGGUGUGUGUUUGACAGCAGAGGGCAGCGCACGCCUUUGAACAAUCCUCCUAAGGUUUUUGCUUCUACAAGAACCAAGGACAAGACAACGGCAGCGUACAGGCCAAUCUGAUGGGAAAUAGUUUAUUUAUUAGCUCUGAGCAUACCAACGUAAUGUACAUGAACUGGACUGUGGAUGUUUACCUCUACAUGCGGUUCUUCAGUUUGUGUUGCUCUCUAAAUGAUCUUUUUAUGAAAACAGAGUCGUAAAUAAUCUGUUUUCUCAGGUAAAACCUCAAGGCGAAAGGAUGUUCAUGAACUUAAAACAAAAAGCUAUGGUAUGUUUACUGCCCGCCACUUAAUGCAUGGGAGCGGCAACUUAACAUUGUUCAGUACUAAGUGUCACAUAGUGGGGAGAUAUUCUGUUGUAAUUUACUAAUCACCUUAACACCCUUAGCACAAGAAACGAUAAAGAAAUAGCUAGACUAAAAAAAUAAAAUAAAGGCCAUAAUAAAUUAUUUCAAAACGUUUUACUGCCGUUGUGAGAAACAUCUUGUACGGUUCAACGGAAAAGCAAACCAAAAUGUUUUAAAUCACAAGUUCGUUCUCUAAGAUGCAAAAGCAUGGUUGAGUAAGUGUGUGCCCUUUGCUGACGCAUCGGUUGGAUCCAGACUAGCAAUGUGUCUUUGGUAGGAGUCUUUCAACAGGCCAGGUUUUAACUUGGCAAGAGUUGCCUCCACCUUGCAAAACUCUUCCUUUAUAAGAGAAGUUCUUUUCCACAACACUCUUCAGGUUAUCCUUAAGAUUGUUUUUUUUUUGUCAUACUUGGUUUUACAUGCUGUCUAGGUUGUUCAAAAACACAUGUUUUCUUGUGGUGAAGUCCUUGUCUUGGUAAUUUAGAUAUAAGCUCUUUCUCAGUGAUACUUUUAUCUUCAGCCUUCAGGCAGACGUUGGAAGGCUUUGGCUCAAAACUGAGUGGUAUUUUUAACUGUUCAAAAUUUCAUAUGCCUUGACGAAUCUAGUCAGAAGAAAGGUGAACCAUGAGGCACCAUGGUUCACUGUUGGCACAGUGGUCUUUUGGUGAUGUACAGUUUUGGGGUAUUUUGCCAAAAUGGAGUUGUCGCCCAGAAAUUUUGUUCUACAAGACUCUUUAGGUCUUGUAGAACAAAAUCCCAGUAGAUUUUAUCCAGACUUGGAUGUUUUUCUCUGUUCUGUCUUGCAACCCCAUCUUCUUAGUUACCUAAAGCACAACAGAUAUUCACUAGAGGUUGCAGUAGCUUAACUGGUGUUGCUGACCCCAGUCCCUGGCCAGUUUCAAAACACACAACUAACUUUGGAGAAAUGUAAGCAGCAUAUUUUCUAAAGUCUUCAUCAGACCUAGGUGCAUUUGUCAUUCUUUGGGGUUUUUCUUUUAUUCGCAUUCUUCUCCUGAGUGAUACCUUUAUUAAAUUGCACUUUUUUAUUCUCUGUAUCUGUGCUGAAAAUAACGGCUUUAUCUUGAGGAUUCAAACUAGCAGAAUAUUCCAAUGAAACCUUUUUUGGUGUAAACAAGUCGCCUGUGAUUUACUGUGCAUUGGUUUAAGGGUGUGCACACCUGGACAAGCAGUUUAUUUUUUAGUUUGAGUUUUAUUCUGGAAAAAAAAGUAUUGUUUUCAGUUGAAUUGGACAUGAUAUAUGUUGCAUUAAAAUAUUUUUAAAUGAUUUAUGCCAUCAUAUUGUUUUACAGCCCAACAAAACAGAUUUUUGGAGAAGCGUAGACUUUUGAUAUUUGCCGUAUGCUCGUCCUUUUUUUAAAAACCUCUUUUAUAUAGGGCCGUUUGAAUGCAGUGUUGGUGUUACAACCCAAGUAUAUAUGUCAGGUGAAUUCACACUCGCUUGAGAAAAGUCUAAUCGGAAAACAAUAGUGUGUGCAUAAAUUGUUGCUGUGUAGGGUUUUUGCACUUAAACCCAGGCCGCAGUUAUAAAUAUUGGCUUUCCCAGGAGGUUUUAAGAGUUAAACUCAAACACUUCAAACACUUCUGAAUUUUCAGAAAGGUUUGGCUCUGUGGUAGCUGGACCCCAGGAAUAAGGAUCUCGGUUGUAACAACUGAAAAUGUAGUUGAACUUUGCAGAAACCCACACACUUCCCUUUGUUCUAGUAGCUGAACGGCUCGACCAAUCACUGUCUUUACAGAAGCCACAGUAUGGUUUCUGGUAAGAUUACUGAACGACUUUUCCACAAAAACGGAGACUCAUUUGGACAGCUGAUGCAGUAGAAAGGGUCAAAAUUGACUUAAUCGAAAAUCGCAUGGGAUUUUCAAACAAGUCCAACAAAGUCUGAAUGUCUCCAAAGGUAAACCUUUUCUUUAAUUAAGCCUGCAGUUGUAUAUCUAUGUAUAUACAUAGCACAUUGUGUAUAAACAGGUGUACAGAUCUAGUAGUCGGUGAUGAACCAAUCGAAACUUCUUCACAUGCUUGUGGAAAUAAGCUUGCAGCAAGUUCUCACAUGUUGCUUGUAUCUUGCUACAUCCUUCACUUGUCAUAGUGAUGCCCAGAUGUGUAGACAGAAAGCGAAACACGUCAAUGCAUGUCUGCAGGGAACAGAUUGAUUUUGUUCUAGUGGAGAGACUUUUUUUUUUUUUUUUUUGAGAAAUUUUGUGAUCAAUGCACUUGAUUUAUUUUUUCCUCCCCAUUUAUUUCAAACUGUACUCAAUAUAACCUAGAAGGAGAACUUCAAAGCCUGUUAUAAUUAAAUGAAACUCUAUGUAUAUGUUCAUGUAGUCAGAGGUGCUUGCCUCUCUAUACAGUUAUACAUGGAAAGCUUUAUGUGUAUAUGGCUGCAUCUUCUCUUGUCUGUCCUGAAUGAUUCUUGUGGUGUUGUUACAAAAACCGAUGUGACACCUGAGGGGGAAAAAAACUGCAGUACAUUCACCUUUUUUACCCUUUGACCCCCCCAACCCCCAUCUUCUUUUUUUCAUCCUCGGUCUCCCCGUUUUUUCCUCCCCAACUUUCUUGCCCUCAUAGAGUGAAACAUUGUAAGCAUUUUGAGCUUUGUAAAGGGUCUUUUUUUUAAAUACUUAUUUUGUGUAUAAUGUAAAACAAAAAAGUGUGUACUUUGACAGAAAAAAAACAUGUUGUGUGUCUGAAACCAUAGCUUCAUUUAAGCCAAAAAAAAAGGAAAAAAAAAAGUGCAACAAAAAUUUACUAUAAAUAAUGAGAUGUUCUGCAGUAAGGAAGGACUUCUGGUGCCUUACAAAUAAAGUCAAUCCAAUCA